AUGCAUAGGCAGUUCGUGGAGGCCCGGGAUUCGCUCAGUUCAGAUACGACCUUCAAGAUGGAAGAGCAAACGAAGAACUGGGACAUCGUCAGACAUAAUAAGACAGUGCUGAGAGAUGUGUACGGGGUGGAUGCCGAUAGGUUAUCCGAAAAUUUGGUUUCCAAGGGUGUCUUCUCGCCCAUAGAAGAGGGGACCAUCAGCAGGAUACCUGUAAAUCUUCUGAAUGACCGUUUUGAUAAAAUCUUUACGAUCUUGUACGCCAAAGAUCCAAAAAAAUACCUGCCCCUCUUCAUCGAAGCACUCCAGAAUACUCAAGAAGGUGCUGCAACAUUUUUGAGAGGUCGUAUUUACCCUGGAUCCAUCCCGACCCAGCAACCACCGCCAUCUACAACAAGCAUUGAAACCAAAUCUUCUCGGAUCAUCUUCAAGAUGGAAGAGCAAACGAAGAACUGGGACAUCGUCAGACAUAAUAAGACAGUGCUGAGAGAUGUGUACGGGGUGGAUGCCGAUAGGUUAUCCGAAAAUUUGGUUUCCAAGGGUGUCUUCUCGACCAUAGAAGAGAGGACCAUCAGCAGGAUACCUGUAAAUCUUCUGAAUGAUCGUUUUGAUCAAAUCUUUACGAUCUUGUACGCCAAAGAUCCAAGAAGAUACCUGCCCCUCUUCAUCGAAGCACUCCAGGAUACUCAAGAAGAUGCUGCAACAUUUUUGAGAGAAACUACUAGUGGCACAGAGUCAAAUGCUCAUAUACAGAUGCUUUUAAAUACCCUCCAAUUCCUGGCAAAUUUUCCUGGUUCCAACUUGGAAAGCUCUGCCUCCGUGGCGAUUCAAAACGGUGAAGUUAUUAGACUUUGUAGGAAGCAUAGAGCAGCGACUGAAUUCCUUCAAGCAAAGAAGUACCAGCAAAAUGCAUUCUAUGUCGUGUGA